GGGGCAGCAGGGCACCGGGCCCCCGGGCGGGGCGGCAGGCACCGGGCCCCCGGGCUGGGGGCGGCAGGCACCGGCCCCCCCGGGCGGGCGGCAGGCACCGGGCCCCCAGGCGGGGCGACAGGGCACCGUGCCCCCAGGCGGGGCGACAGGCACCGUGCCCCCAUGGGCGAGCGGCGGGCGCCGGACCCCCAGGCGGAGCGACAGGGUCUCGGGCCCUCAGGCGGAGCGGCGGGCGCCGGACCCCCAGGCGGAGCGACAGGUCUCGGGCCCUCAGGUGAGCGGGCGGGCGCCGGACUGCCCCCAGGAGGAGCGACAGGUCUCCGGGCCCUCGGCGGAGCGUCGGGCGCCGGACCACCCCCCAGGUGGAGCGACAGGUCUCGGGCCCUCAGGCGGAGCGGCAGGGCCCGGACCCCCAGAGCGGAGCGACAGGUCUCGGGCCCCAUAGCGGAGCGGCGGGCGCCGAGGACCCCCAGGAGGAGCGACAGGUCUCGGGCCCUCAGGCGGAGCGGCGGGCUGGGCCGGACC